AUGUACUGCGUCUGACUUCUGAAAACCCCCACCAUCGAAAACUCCACAAAAGCCGCAAAAUUUGUCGAAGUGCUCUGAACCCUGCAAGUUCACGGAAUCAUGGCCCCUGUUGAUAGUUCACCAGCAGCAAAUAUGAACGGUUUUGAAUUAAUAUCGUCAAUAAAAUCAAACGAUACAAUUCCAGUGCACAAAUACAAGUCAACAAGAACAGGCAUAACUGUUUUCGUUGCUGAAGUAGAUGGCCCAGUCGUUGGAGGGUACUUCUGCAUUGCAACUGAAGCUUUUGACGAUGACGGUCUCCCCCACACCCUUGAGCACCUAGUGUUCAUGGGCAGUGAGGAUUACCCCUACAAAGGUGUCCUCGACCUGCUGGGUAACCGUUGUCUAGCCUCAGGAACAAAUGCUUGGACCGACACUGACCACACAAAUUACACAAUGACAACCGUAGGAAGUGAGGGAUUUCUCACUCUAAUGCCGAUCUACCUGGAUCACAUUCUCUUCCCCACCCUCACUGAUAGUGCCUUCCUCACCGAAGUCCACCACGUUAACUCCGAAGGAGAGGACGGUGGUAUCGUCUACUGCGAAAUGCAGAGCAAGGAAAAUACUGGCGAGAGGCUUUCAUCGGUGGAGCUCAUUAGGUCUAUCUACCCAGGCAAAUGUGGUUACAAAUCAGUGACUGGGGGAGUAAUGAAGAACUUGCGCGAGAGCACAAGCAACGAUAAGGUGAAAGCCUUCCACAAGGAGUACUACAGACCCGAGAACCUAACGAUAAUAAUAACUGGUCAGGUGAACCACGCAGAGGUCUUCAAGGCCCUGCGACCCCUCGAGGACAAGAUAAUCUCGAAAGGAAGUCGAGGGCCAUUCCAACGUCCUUGGCAGAGUCCAGUCCCCCCAUUUUUAGAGGACGCAGAACAGGAGAUACUUUACCCCUGCGAUGACGAGGACACUGGGCUGGUGACAGUCGGGUGGAGAGGGCCUUCUGGAGUCAGUGAGCUCUACGAUUUAACUGGCUGUUCUCUCCUCCUGAAAUAUCUCACUGAUAACUCAGUGAGCCCAUUUCAAAAGGAAUUCGUGGAGAUCGAUGAUCCCUACGCCUGCAGCGUCGACUUCUAUCUGAUCGAGAACUCCGUCUCAGUCCUGUACCUUAUGUUCAGUGGAGUUCCCAUUGACAAGAUUCCUCUGGUGAAGAAUCACAUGAAGAAAGUGUUAUCAGAUGUCUACAGUAACAAUGGAAUCGAUAUGAAAAGAAUGGCAACUGUCAUUCACAGACAUCAGUUGGAGACUCUGAGUAAUCUUGAGAAUAUGCCCCACGACAGCAUAGCUUUUAUGCUGAUUGGAGAUGCCCUGUAUGGACGUGACAACAAAGAUCUUGAACACAGAUUGAACGCCAUCGAGACUCUUAAGAAACUGGCAGCUGAGCCACAGUCUUAUUGGAUAAAUCUCAUUAAGAAAUAUCUCAUUAAGUCACCAAUGGCGAUAGUCAAUGCCAGACCUAGCGUUGACAAGCAGAGGGAGGUUGCUGAGGGUGAGCAACGACGUUUCGCUGAGAGAAAACAAACUCUGGGAGAAGAGGGACUGAAGUUGAAGGAAAAGGUACUCCAAGAGGCUAUUGCCAAGAACGAAGCCCCCAUUCCUGACGAGGUACUCACUUGUGUUCCUGUUCCAGGAACUGAUUCCAUUAAUUUCCACAAUGUCAGGAGUUUCGUUUGUGAUGGGCCUGAGCAGCAUCCACGAUACGAUAUUAAGAAGAUACCACUGUACAGCUGUUUGAAUCACGUCAAUACGAAUUUUGUUUAUCUAUUUGUGGUCAUGGAUACAUCAGGACUUGCCAAGGAGGCUAGAAGGUACAUGCCACUGAUUCUCGAAGCCAUUGGGGAGUGUCCCAUCGAGAGAAAUGGAGAACUGGUUCCAUACGAAAAUGUUGUUGCUGAAAUUGAAGCUGAUACCAUUGCUCUUGAGUUGAGAAUGGGCUUCGAUAGGGUCUCCAAGUUCGGUUGUGGAGCUUACAGUCACAGUAGUAUUCUCAUGCUUCAGAUGGAAAUGUCCAAGUAUGCGAAGGGAAUUCAGUGGAUCAGGGAGCUGCUCUACGAUACCAAAUUCAAUCCUGAGAGGCUGAAGAUCAUUGCAUCCAGGAUGCUGAAUGAGAUAACAAUAUGCAAGAAGAAGGGCCACAAGAUCUGCGGAGAUCUCAUGAAGGGACUCAUGUAUAAUAAGGAAAGUAAUCACUUCAAUGCGAGCUUGAUGAGACAGCAGAUGUUCCUUGCGAAAAUUGUGGAGAAACUGGGGACCAGUGAGGGAGCGGAGGUUGUUAAGGAGAUCGAGGAGAUUGUCAAGAUCUUGACGAACCCCAAGAAUAUGCUGAUUUAUAUUGCCACGAAUGUGGAUAAGUUGAGUAAUCAUGUUAAGGAUCUUUAUAGUCCCUGGAGUGUGCUGAAGGCUGGGGACGUUGAGAAGAAGAAACUAGAAAUUCUACCGGACUACAAGCUCAUCAACUCCAAGGAGGAAAUAAAACUUCAGGGAUGUGUUUUGGGACUUGGCUGUGUGGAUUCAGCAUUUUUAUCUCAAAGUUGCUCGUGUAUCAGCGAUUUUGAAGAUCCUGAUUUGGCACCACUGCUCGUUUGUCUGCAGUAUCUUACACAGCUGGAGGGUCCAAUGUGGAAGCAAGUUCGUGGUCAAGGCCUUGCUUAUGGCUUUAAUAUUUACACUCGAGUUAAUGAGGGACUCAUGUACUUAACGUUCCAUGCAUCCGCGAAUAUUGUUGGAGCCUACAAGGAGACAAAAGCAAUCAUCGACAGCCACAUCUCAAACGACUCCUGGGAGAGAACGCUGUACGACAGUGCAAAAUCCUCUCUCAUAUUCCAAAUUGUCGAGAGCGAGAAGAGCGUUGGUGAUACGGUAUCCCAGUCCCUUCUUUCAUAUUUCAAGAAUGUUUCCCACAACUACAAUCGCCAAAUGGUCAAGAAAAUAUACACCGUUGGCUUCAAAGACCUGAGUCGAAUGGCGAAAAAGUACAUAAAACCCCUGUUUGAUCCAGAACAAUGCAAGACUGUCGUUGUGUGUCAUCCAUCCAAGGUCACUGAAGUUUCUGAUGCCUUUAAAAGCUACAGCCAGAACCUAGAAGUAUACACAUCCCUGGAGAACAGUCACCUCAAUUCUUGGUGAAUGCGUCCAAUCACUUUCAGCGAAUCUGCUUAAAAAUGUCGGGUAAUUUGUUGCUAAAAUGUACAAAACCAAACGUAUUACGUAAGUACAUCACGAUUAUGAUUUCAAAAUCAGCUUUGAUGUAUACACGUGCCAUUCACGGAAAAAAUAAUUGAGGAUGCAGAGAAUUUUUGCCCUCUUCAGAUUGAAUACAAUUGCACUGACCUCUGAAUCACAGAAUGCUGGAUAUUUUCCAAGGGGUUAAUUAUUUAUACACUGAGCAUUUAUAUUUUAGCAUUUUACAGAAGUUGAAUGAAUUCUCCGCAUUGAAUAAUGAGGUUCCAAUCAAAUUUCCUCAGGACUAAUUCCUAUUUGGCUUAAUUUUGAUAUAUUUGAAUAGAUCAUUGAUAUUAAAUACUAAUUGUCUUUGAAUGAAAUAAAAUUGAAACUGCGAA